AACAUUACGCUGCUAUGGCACAGAAUAUUUAUACAGGUGGAGCUUCCCGACGUAUGAGAGUUCAACGUAAUGUCAAACACCUAUCUAUAUCAGAAAUAAUUUUACAUCUAAAUAUAAACCGUGCAUAAGAAUUCACAACACAGAGAGCGCGAGACAGUGAGAUAGUGCGAGUCUCUGUUUCCUUGCCAAUAGCUGCGACAUUGUAUCUAUUGACACGGGCCAGCAGCACGUUCGCCGCCGACUAUUUUGAGUAGACGGGUGGCGCACGUGUCGAGCGGCGGCGGCGAAGCAGCGGCGUGCGGAUCCGCGCCCUCAACUUCUCCUCGCAAAAAACCCCCUCAAUGAAAAAGGCAAAUCCCUACAGAAUGUUAUUGAGCAGUGCACCGGUAGCGCAGAUGCAGGUGGCCGCGGCGUGGUACAUAUCGCAUCACCGCCCGCCCGCAAUUUCGCGUAAAAUUGGCAGCGUGCGGCGGGCGGGCGGCGGCAGCGGCGCGGAGCGUCGCUCCCGAAAUAGUGUUCGGGCGCGGUCGUACGCUCUCGGGAACGGCGCCCCAGUCGCCGUGUGGCCGCGGCGCACCCGCGUCGCUUCGCCAGCCGUCCCGACGCCGCACGAAUACCCGGGUGAGGGAACGAGCUCGCCGGUGCACGAGUCAACGGUGCGCGUAUUUCGGUCGCGAGAGGGCCCCGGGCCGCGUCGGGCGCGCUGCCCGCGCGCUGGCCGCCGUGCUCUGGUGGUGGUGCGUGGCGCUGCUGCGGCUGGUCGCGCUCUGCGCGCUCCCCGGCCCGUCGCCGCCGCCCUCCGCCCGCGCCGCGGAAGAUGCGCCGUCGGCGGCCGCUUGCGCGAGCGCGCCUUCCAACACCACCGAGCCGUCGCCGCCGCCCGAGCCGCCCGACCCGCCCGCGCACACCGAGUGGUGGUGGGCGGGCGCAUGCGUUGGCGCCGCUGUGCUGGUGUGUGCGGCCGCGGGCGCGCUGGCCCGCCCGCACCUGCGCCGCCGACACGCUGCCGCCGCAGCCGCCGCCGCCAACCCCUGUGUUGUGAUUUGCAGAUGCUCUCGGUACAAGUGCCGGGGUGCGCGGGCAUGGAGCGGCUGGGCGCGCCGGGGGGACCGCGCCUACGGCACGAUCACAGACAUCACCAUUCCACAUUGGAAUGGGAGAAGCAGCAGAGGUUACAGGUACAGGCGAUGGUGGGUCGGCUGCAAGAGAUGGUGGAGCAAGAUGUACGCGCGAGGUCCGCGGCCGCAGCCGAGCGGCUCGGUCUGCCGCCCAGCAUACAGCUGCCCGACGGCGAGUACGGACAGGACGUGCAUCUACAGUUACGAGUCCCUUAUCAGCAAGCCGAGCUGACGAGAAGCAGCUUCCAGCCUCCACCGAACAAGUGCGUGAGCGACGUGCCGGAGUGGGCGGGCGGCGCGGAGGCGGGCGCGGCGCGGCGCGGCAAGAAGGACGGGCUGCUGCAGAAGGCGACGCGCUGGUGGGUGCGCAUGGGCGCGCGGCCGGCGGCGCCGUUCCUGCCGGCCGCGGCGCCGCCGCCGUGCGUGAUGGUGCCGCGCCGCGCCGCGCCCGAGCCGCCCGCGCCGCCCGACGCGUGACCGCGCGCGCCGAGUCCACGCUUACAUUCCAUAUCCGGGCCGCUCGGGCCGCGCGCGCCCCGGACUCUUAUAGACUUGCUAUUUAUUUAUUCGGGAGUGCCGCGCCGCGCCCGUGUUCCUCGCGCCGUCUGAGAGUUUCGCGAAA